UUUUACCAUUGAAAUUGGAUUCACAUGUGCUUAGGAAACGUCAUUUGUGUUUAGUUGUUUAAAACUUAUUGCAGAUUCACAUAUACACUAAUAUGGGUAAACAGAAAAAGAAAAACGUAGCAGAUAAAGUUCGUAACAAGAGGAAAGAAUCAGAGAAGAAGAUCAAUCCAUUUGAAGUGAAAAUAAAUCGACAAAAACAUGAUGUGUUAGGACGUAAAAUAUCUAAACACGAUAGAGGAAUGCCUGGACUAUCUAGGUCCAAAGCAAUUAAAAAGAGAAAGGACACAUUGCUUCAAGAAUAUGGACAGAGACUUAAAAGCAAUAAGUUUGUAGACAAGAGAUUUGGUGAACAUGAUGCUACACUUAGUGUUGAAGACAAAAUGAUGAAAAGAUUUGCCUUAGAAAGAGCAAAAGGUGACAAAGUUAACAAGUACAGUUUAAACGAUAAUGAAGAAGAACUGACUCAUUAUGGUCAGUCUCUGUCAGAAAUAGAAAAGUUUGAUAAUCCAGAAAUAAGUGACGAAGAUGAUGAAGACCAGGGAAGAAUUGAUGGUAAACUAGUAUCCCAGGAACAUUUUGGAGGAUUUCUGGAAAACAGUAAUUAUGUAUCACUGGGUGGAGAUAAGAAAUCUUGGAAGGAAAGAAUGGAAGAACUGAUUACAAAAUCUAAAAAGGAAAAGCAUGAAAGACAAAUGGAAAAAGAGAAAUCACUUCAGCUUACUCAGCAGUUAGAUGAUGAAUGGAAGAAUCUUAGAUUUCUCAUGGCUGCAGGCAGGAAAAAAGGUGAUGACACAGUUACACCAAAGAAAGAUGAUUAUGAUAUUGCUGUCAGAGAAUUACAGUUUGAAAUGAAAUCUAAGCCAACAGAUAGGCUGAAAACAGAAGAAGAGUUAGCCAAAGAAGAGAAAGAAAGACUGGAAAAACAAGAGUCUGACAGAUUGAAGAGAAUGCAGGGCAUAUUGGAAGAUGAUGAACAAAAGUCUACACACAUAUCAGCUGAUGACUUGAAUGAUGGUUUUGCAUUGGAUUAUAAGGAGGAAACCAUUGAAGCAUCUGAUGGUGAUGACAAUGAUAAGGAACAGCAAGGCUCUGGUGAAGAUGAAGGGGAGGAAAAUGAUGAUGAUGAAAUAGAUGAAGAGAAGGAAGAAGAGAAUGGUGAGGAAGAAGAUGUAGAAAAGGAGGAAGAUGAGGAGGAACAGAGUGAAGAUGGAGACGAAAGUGAUGAUAGUUAUGGAGAUUUAGAAUCUGAAGAUCAGGGAUCUGAUGUAGAAGAAGAAGAUAAACAGAGACCAAAAGUAGAUCUGAAGAAAAAGAAGAAAGUAAUGGAAGAAGCCAGAAGAGAGCUGCCAUAUACAUUUAAAGCGCCAGAGAAUUAUGAAGAUCUACUAGAAUUACUACAGUCCCACUCAGAAAGUGACAGACUAAUUAUUAUUGAUAGAAUAAUAAAAUGUCAUCAUCCUAGUCUUGCAGAAGGCAACAAACAGAAACUUGAGUCAUUAUUCUCAUUUCUGGUGCAAUAUUAUGGUGACCUGACUCUUCAGGAACCUCCAUGCCUCUCUUUGGCUGACAAACUGGUACCAGUUCUGUAUGGCCUGACACAGCAGUCCUCAGUACCAGCAGCCAUUGCAGUACUGGAUCAGAUUAAAGACAGACAAGAAGAGUAUGAUACUAUCUGUGAUAGAAAGGCUGGUAGGGGAUUGUAUCCUGGUCUUGAUACUCUUCUGUUGUUAAAGCUGGUAGCAGUGUUGUUUCCUACCUCAGAUUUCAGACAUCCUGUAACCACGCCAACCAUGUUGUUUAUUUGUCAGAUGUUAGCUCAGACACCUGUGAACCAUGAAAGAGAUAUAGCUGUUGGAUUAUUUUUAUGUAAUUUAUGUUUAGAGUAUAUUUAUUUAUCAAGACGGUUUGUUCCAGAAGCUAUCAACUUUCUUCAUGGUCUGUUAUAUAUAGCAUCAAAGAAAGACCCCAAUAAAAUUGAACCUGUGAUACCUCCAUUUAAACCUGUUGGUAAAUCUAUCAACUUACUGGAGAUAAAGAAACCAGUCAAGGAGAAGAUACAGACCCAGCUAAAGAUGUCAGAAGUACUUACAACAGAUAUGGAUAGAGAUGCUCUCAAUAAUGAUGGUUUUAGGUUAUCUGUGAUAUCAUCUACAGUAUCGUUACUGGAACAAUUUUCCUCAGUUUAUGAUAAUUAUCCAUCAUAUAAAGAAAUAUUUUCACCAAUCAAAUGUCAGUGUGGUAAACUUCCUGUCAAUAAUUACCCAGAAUCCUUGAAGAAACAAAUACAAAGACUUGUAAAUGAUAUUACAGAUGGGAUGGAAACUAAACGAAAGCCAUUAGUCAUGCAGAAAAAGAAACCACCACCACUGAAAAUGUUUGAACCCAAAAUAGAAGAAGUGUUUGAUGAUAGAAAGAAAAGGAAGGGAGGAUCGAAGGAAAUAAAUGAAAAACAGAAACUUGUACAUAAAUACAAAAAGGAGAUGAAAGGAGCCAUUAGAGAAAUUAGAAAAGAUUCCUAUAUGAUAGCUCAAGUACAGUUCCAGGAACAAAAAGAAAAGGAUGAUGAGAGAAAAAGGAAGGUGAAACAGUUAUAUGGAUUGCUAGCUAACCAAGAAGGGGAUUACAGAGCAAUGAAAAGAAAUAAAAGUAACAAUGAGAAUAAAGAAAAAUAAAUAAAUAUCUACUUAGUUUU